GGGGGGGAAGGGACUUUAAAACAGAUCUACCUGAGUAAUUUGAGCUUCUUAUACGAACCAUUAACAAGCAAGGACAUGCGGGAAUACAGCUGGAACAGUUUUAAGGAUUUAAUUUUCACAAAUUCUGCUGUUGUCGACCAGGUCCCACAUGUGGAUGAUGGUGAUGAGAAUACUGAACGCGGGAACUGGGCCAGCAAGAAGGAAUACAUCCUCUCUAUGAUUGGCUAUGCUGUUGGACUGGGAAAUAUCUGGAGAUUUCCCUAUUUGGCCUACAAUAAUGGAGGGGGUGCCUUUCUUAUCCCCUACUUUAUAAUGCUGGUGUUGGCUGGAAUUCCUCUUUUCUUCCUGGAAAGUGCCUUUGGGCAGUUUUGCAGCCAAGGACCAAUCAACAUAUGGAGAGCAGUGCCUAUCCUGCAGGGUGUUGGUGUUGCCAUGGUUGUGGUCACUUUUAUAGUAUCAGUUUACUACAACGUCAUCAUCGCCUACAGCCUGUACUACAUGUUUGCCUCUUUUCAGUCUCCUUUGCCAUGGUCCAGCUGCCUCAGUCAGGCUGACAGUAACUGCAGCAACACGCCAAUAGUGUACUGCAAUGUAACUGAUUCUUUACUGACCAACCGGACUCAGGGAAACAGCACUUGCCCUUCAUCCAACAUGAUCACAGUUCCAAUGCAGAGCCCAAGUGAGCAGUACUGGGAUCGUGUGGCUCUGCAGAGAUCCAGUGGUCUGGAUGAAACAGGACCCAUAGUUUGGCACUUGGCCCUUUGUCUGUUGCUGAGCUCAAUGAUUGUUGCUGCAGCGCUCAUCAGAGGCAUCAAGUCAUCAGGCAAAGUUGUGUAUUUUACAGCAACAUUUCCUUAUGUGGUGAUUCUGAUCCUGCUGAUCAGAGGUGUGACACUAGAGGGAGCCAGAGACGGUAUAGAGUUCUACAUUGGUUCCCAAUCCAAUUUGACUAAACUGACAGAAGCACAAGUCUGGAAAGAUGCAGCAACUCAGACCUUUUACUCUCUCUCGAUUGGUUGGGGUGGAGUCAUGACUCUUGCUUCCUACAACAACUUUCACAACAAUGUGUUCAAGGACUCAUUUGUUGUAUCACUUACUAAUGCUGGUACCAGUGUGCUAGCGGGCUUUGCCAUAUUUUCAAUCUUGGGUCACAUGGCUCACAUCUACAAAAUGCCUGUUGGAGAAGUGGUGAAGGAAGGAUUUGGCCUGGCAUUCAUUGCAUAUCCAGAUGCUCUGUCUAAGCUUCCUAUUUCCCCUUUUUGGUCCAUUUUGUUCUUCUUCAUGCUUUUGACUGUUGGUCUGGACUCUCAGUUUGCAGGAAUAGAGGUGAUUACCACCUGUCUGCUUGAUGCCUUCCCUAAAACCUUCAAAUCCAAACGAGCUUUAUUGACUAUAACAACAUCUUGCAUCCUCUACCUGCUGGGUUUGCCUUGUAUUACAAGGGCAGGAAUAUACUGGGUGACUCUAAUCGACCAGUUUGCCGGCAGCUGGGUGCUGCUAUUUUUGGUUCUCUUGGAGAUCAUUGGUGUCUGCUACAUAUACGGAGGCAACCGUUUUAUUAAAGACAUUGAGAUGAUGAUUGGAAAAAAGAGUUUCAUUUUCUGGCUGUGGUGGAGAGCAUGUUGGUUCUUUAUCAGCCCCUGCAUCAUAUUGGUGAUCCUGAUCUGGUCACUGAUGACAUUUACACCACCCUCUUAUGGAGGUGUCCAGUUCCCAGUCUGGGGUUUGGUUUUGGGCUGGUGCAUAGCUGCAUUUAUCCUCCUCUGGGUCCCUGUCAUUGCUGUGUAUGCACUGAUGAGAGCAGAGGGAAGCCUCUGGAAGCGUCUGAAGUCAUUGUGCUCGCCAGCUGAACAAUGGCAUCCCUACCUGGACAUUCAUCGAGGAGAACGCUACUCACAAGAACACUGCCGCCUCAGGAUGAGGCAUAAAACCAAACCAGAAGUAAAUGUAACUGUCAUCUCCAGCUCAUGGCUGUGAUAUGUGUUUUAAUGCGAUUACGUUUUCUUCCCUUUGGUGCAGCAGUGUAAUCUGUGAAACUUUACACUGAAAGUUAAAGUUAUGUUAAGUGAUUCGUGACAAACCAUCUACCAU